UUUUUAUUGAUUUAAUAUUUUCGUUUUCAAUCCCGAGAGUAUUUACAUUUUCCGUGAAAGGUUCGAACGUAAAACAUGGAGAAGAUGAACGCCGGACAGAAAAUAUUCCAGCAAACGAGCGAUGAAACAAAUAUUGAUUCUCGAGCCAUAUUACCGGCUGAUCAUCCGCUGCUUGAAAAAUUUCAAAAAGCUCUCAAAGAACACUUGCUCAAGAUCAAUAACCGACUGUCGGACGAAAUCGACGAGAUCGACCAUAACAUAGGUCGUUUGAAAAAAGAACAGGAGAAUGUCGGGGAAAGACUCUACGAUUAUCAGCAGGAGGCUGAGCAGCAGAAAGAGAUGUUGGAUGAGUACAACGAACGAUUGAACGAAGUGAGUGAGAAGCGACUGAAGAACGAGAUCAAUGCCUCGAAGUUGAAGCGAGACUAUGUGGGGCUAACGAAUAAAUUUCAAGAAGCCAGUCGAAAUCAUGAGGACAAGCUUUUGGAGCUCACUCAGACUCGGUUGUUGGAAAAUAACAUAUCCAAGUGGGCACAAGAAAUGGAAGACGAGGUGAAAGCAGCGAAACGAGUUGUCAGCAAGGAUAAACAGAGUCAGUUGGCCGUUUCACAGCAAAAGAGGCAGAUGGAUUUGCUCUUAUUGAAUUUGGAAGGGGAGGUAAAACGUCGCGACCAAGAGCUCGCUGCGAUCAAUGAGCAGAUUAAAGAUCAAAAUGGAAAACUGGAAUUCUUAAAUCGAAACUUAAGUGAUGGUAACGCUGAUCUAAACGGAUUGCAGUCAGAGUUGAAACGUUUGAUUGGUGCUUGGCGUGAAGUGAUUUCUCAAAUUCAGCUAAAAGAUGAAGUUUUAGCUAAAUUAAGACGUGAAUUAAACGAUGAAAUGCAGAAUCACAAACUGAUUCAAUCGAAUAUUGAAGGCACUAAACGAGCAACAGCCAAAGAAAUGGAACAGAAUGAGAAACUAGAAUCGUUCAAGUUACGCCUCGAAAAUGAUUUUGAUUUGUUGGAACAAAAGCUCGAAAAGGAACUAAACGACCAGACCAAAUUGAUGAGCGACGUAUCGAAAAUGUCUGCAUUGGUCGAACAAACUGAGACCGAUUUAUCCCGUGCAAACAUUGAAGGCCAACUCAUUGAAAACAAUUUGCGGACAUUGAGAAAACGGCUCGAAAAACAAUCCACGCAAAAAAUUGAAAUCGAGGAGAAAAUCCUCGAACUGCUUCAGGAUCAAAUUACCACAGAUUCAGCCAGCAACAUUCGCAGCAAAUUGUUGAAAGAAAUUCAAGGUCAGCGUAGGAAUGCUGAACUUAAUAUGUAUACGACGGAAUAUCAGCUGUCGCAAGUGCUUUUAGAAUUGGAAAAGUGGAAGGGACAACUGUCGAAGAGCAGAGAGAAUGCUGACAGGUUGAAGGGAGACUAUGAUGCUGCUAUGGAAAAGAGUGCCUCACUGGACGAAGAAAUUAAAGCGAUGGAGAAGAGUAUUAAUGCGAAAGUCAAGUCGUACGAUAUGAUGGGAAGACAGCUGGAGAAACUUAUUGAAGCUGCUGGUGGUCUAGAGUUGGAUCCGAAUGAACUUAAGGUAAAAUCGCUUGAGAAAAAGUUGGCAGACCUGGAAAUCGAAACCAGAGAGGCACAGAACUUCUGGCUUCGCCUUCAGAAACACGUCGUAAAUUUGAGCGAAAAACGCUCACUACAACAGGCAAAAAUAAGUCUGACCUCUAAGCAACUUUUGGUGAUUGAGCAAAAGAAUAUGAGAAUCGAUUCGCAGUAUGAAGCGUUGAAGAAGAAGGACAGGGCAAUAGAACAAGAAGUGAAGAAUCUUACCACUCGUGUCGACCAAUUAAGCACUUCGCUGUUCCAGAAGAAGACCUAUCACGAAGUGGAAGAGGCUAACUGCCAAAACUCACACGCUGCGCUGCUUGAUAAAUUGAAAGAGAGGGAAAUCAGUUUUCUAGCGUUGCAACAGGAACUGUCGGACCGCGAAAAAGAAAUCGAACGUACCGAGCAAUUGAUGUUGGAAAAGCAUCACGAAGCACUGUCCUGGGAGACCAAGUGGAAACUAGCUGAAGAGGCACGAAAAUAUCAACAUGCCGAGCUAGCAGCUACCGGUGAAAUUGGAUUGAUCAAAUCCGAAAUUCAUCGAAUGGAAGUGCGAUACAAUCAGUUGAAACGUGCACAGGAGAAACUUUCUCAGGACAUGGAAUCGUGUGUCGGCCAUCGUGAUCAUGUAUACGAAAAAGCUUGUGCCAGAGAAAAGCUGCCGGACCAUAAGGGAUGUUCGAAGAAGAGUGGUUACUACCGUGCUACGGAAUUAAAGAAUAAACUGAAACAAGUUCGCAACGAAACAAUCAGCGUUGAACGGAACAUAGCUGAUGUUACGAUUCAGAAGGACGAAAUGCUCUCUGAAUUGAAGAAACUCAAAGAUACGAUCGAUAAUGAGCGGCUGCAGGAUUCGCUUCUCCAGAGCGAAAUUGAACAGACGAUUCUCAUGAAGCAAGAGAACUUGGAGAACAUCGUUCGAAUGCAACAACGAGCCAAACGAUACAAGGGUCUCAUAAAUGCAAAACAGAUGCCGAAAAUUCGAAAUGAGGCGGUGCUGCAAUCUGAUUUAGAGCGACAACUGGAAAUUCGAAAUCAUUUGCUGAGUUUACUUGAAUCACUGCUGAAUGACUUUCCAGAUCACAAGUAUAAUAUCAAGCGAGUGCUGCAGACAUUGAAGAAUAACUAACCUCUGUACCUUUUGACUUCAUUCAAUAAAUUUUUGUGGUGU